CUUCUGCAUGCAUCUCGUCUCCUCCAACUAUAUAUUAACCCAGAUAGAGCACUUUCCUUCUGCAUCAAACUGGCACUUCCAAAAUCUUGUACAUUUCUUUCAGCAAUACUUUCCAUUUGAACGAAUCUCAAACCAAAAUGGCAAAACCUCUCUCUGCAAUCACUAGAGCACUCAAAGCCAACUUCUACUUGCUCCUUUUAGCUAUGACUAUCUCUUGUAACUGCUCAGCAAGAAUCCUUGAUGAGGUGGAACCACAAGAUCCUAUCAUUGUGGACCCACCUGCCACAUCAACUUUCCCUCCAACUACUACAUUACCAAGUGGCCAAGCUCCGGCCAUUGUCGCCCACACUUCCACUGGCGAUGAUGAGGUUGACCCACCACUUCCUGAAGCUGAAGUCCCCACAACUGUGGCAGCACCGGAUACUGAUGUUGAAGCACCAGAAAUUGAUGCUGCACCCAUAACUCCUCCUGUCACGGUGGCAGCGCCAAUUCCGGUUCCCACUACCGUCGCUACAAGUGGCACAGGGGCAAAUCCUGUUGGCUCACAAACCACUAGCACUACGGCUGCUACCACAGCCACUGCUGCUCCAUUGUCGUUCUUCAUGCAUGACAUUUUGGGAGGAACACACCCAUCAGUCAGGGUGGUCAACGGAAUCAUUGCCCGGACCGACAUCAAUGGCAUUCCAUUCUCAGUACCCAACAACAAUUUCUUCCCACUUCAAGGUGGGACUCCAUUACCCAACGUUAACAACAUUAACAACCUCAUAAACCCAAACACCGCCCCAUUGAUCACAGGCCUAAACCCGGGCCAAGCCAACACUGUACUUCAAAACAGUGGCAACAACAACGACGUUGUUAACGGCAACAACCAACCUUUUGUCACCGCCGGCCAGAUCCCGGCGGGGUCCACGCUGCAGAAAAUCAUGUUUGGGUCGAUCACGGUCAUCGAUGACGAGUUAACAGAAGGGCAUGAGUUGGGAUCUGCUGUACUAGGCAGGGCACAGGGUUUCUACUUGGCUAGCUUCCUGGAUGGUACCAGCCAUACCAUGGCAUUGACGAUUUUAUUGCACGGAGAGGAUAAGCAUGGAGUUGCUGAAGAUACUAUUAGUUUCUUUGGGGUACACAGGACUGCAUCGCCGGAGUCACAGAUUGCGGUGAUAGGUGGCACCGGAAAGUAUGAGAAUACAAAAGGGUAUGCCACCGUUGAGACUCUUCCUCAGUUGGAUCAGCACACGACGGACGGUGUGGACACGAUGAUGCAUUUCACUGUUUACCUGUCUGAGUAAAUUGUAUGCAUAUGCAUGCAUGUCAGUGUAUGGUUCUUAAUUUGGUUGAGUUGAUUAAUUAUUAUAGAUUAUGGUUCUGUUAUUGGCAAUUUCAGUGACCAUUUGAUGUAUCUUUGAAGAUAAAAUUAAGGAACAAGAAAUGAGAAAUGCUCCUGUGGAUUACAAGUA